AUGGCUGAAUACACAGUGGGUCAGGUCGCAGGUGCUAUCAACAUUGGUCUUUUAUUUCUGCAAGUCACCCUUCCACUGCUUCACGUUUUAGUGCUAGUUGGCACCUUGAGAAACAAAAGCACAGCCAUCUCCUGGUCUGUCAUAAGUCGAUUCAUUCAAUCGACCGUGUGGCCAUCAAUUCUGUCAUGCGAUACUGCCGCAGGGCGACGAGAAGGGGUCAUGACCCGUGUAGUGUUCAUGAGCUGGUUGGCACUGAUCUCAACUCUGCUCCUAGCUGUUGCUGGCAUAUUGACUCCGAUCGGUCUGGGUGAAGCUAUAUUUCUGAGCGGCAAAACAGAAGCCACAUUUCUUUAUGCAAAGGACCGCUCGGCAUUUGGAGGAGCAGCGGGCAGUCGAGAGCAGUAUUCCAAUUCUCGAACAUGCAAUUUUGGCAAAUCGCCCUGCCCAGGCGUGAGGGAGAAUGAUACCGUGACAGUCCUAGCUGAAAUGACUGAUCAUGGCAAAAUGCCAGUGACCUUCUACCAGAAUUAUAUCUCCGAAAACAUUACGGAAUGUUUCUCCAGCGGCUCAAGAGGGAGCCUCAUCUCAAGUCCCUUCGAAAUCCAGUUUCGGCAAUUCGAUGCCUCAUCGAACGAGCAUAACUUGACCGCUAAGAAGAACACAACAGGGACUUUUUACUGGACUGAGCACACCCUGCUUCUCGAUUCUAUUGUUUGUAGAGAAGGACUGAUCAUCGAUGCCAUCAAUGGCGGUGUUGGCUUUCGGAAUCAUACUGUCCCAGAAUUACCCCAAACAGUUCACGGAGCAGCUUGGACAGAAGAUAUCCUUUGGCUCGAACCGGACACUGUUUGUGUCAAUACCAACUGGUCCAUCUCCACUGAGUUCCAGCUGGCUCCAUUCUCGGUGGGAGGACUUUUCGUCGGUACAAAUACAUGGCUCCUGCGUGAAGGGGAUGGCGUCGACCCAAAACUCGAUAUUGAAUUUCCCACUUUUGGAAAUACAAUUUCAAGCCCAGAUCUUCUUGGACGUGCAAACACUGCCGCAGCAAUUUUUGACUACCACCUUUCAUGGCUACUGAACCUCGACCAGUCAAAUUUCAGCACUGGCGCGUACAACAUCACUUCAGACAGUGAUUUGGUGCGCUCCUUUCUGAGCUCCGGUUAUGAUAGAUGCAGUCUUGUGUUUGGUAGCCUAACGGAGCCAACGUACGCGGUUAUGUGGAACUCCGUCAUAAAUACUGACAAUGGAACCGUGUUGAACGGGACAUCCCUGGGCAUCAACUCGCCAUGGGCAUCGAAUGGAAAUACAUCAGACCUGACGUGGUCUUUCGGACUUGAAUCCUGCAAGUCCCUAAACGGAACCGAACUUUUCAGACCCGGACUCGUCAAUGUGGAUUGCACAUACCUUAUAACUCCACCUCGUGCCAAGAGGUAUGAUUCUCAAGGUUCUCCUGAAGAAUGGACGAGUUCAAUCAACGUCUGUGCAAGUUCGCCCCGCGCCAUUAUAAAGACCGUACACUUUCAGUACAACGAGACUAGCGACAUCCCAGCUCUAGAUGGCUUGAAGGUCAUCAAGGCUGAGCCCAAGGUUUAUGCCUCAAACGAGGAUUUACCACUCUGGGGUAUCGAAAAUCCAGGCUUGAAUUUGAGCAUCCACCAGAUGCAAGUUCUUUGGGGGCUUGUCGACAAAGACUAUUCAGAUUCGCAGGCAUUAUGGACACAUCAGAGCGAAACCUUCUACAUUCCUGCGACAUAUGAAGAUGGAAUUGAGCUGUACUUUGGUGACUCUAUGGCAGCGACGAGACUUCCAGGGAUAGUCAAUUCCUUCACCUAG